AUGUAUUCACAUUUGAGUGCCAAGAAUAUGAAUUGGAUAAACAGCAACGCCUUCACAUUGGAUUACGCGCAGUUUUACUUUAGACCAGAGCCAAUUAGUGGCCAACAGCAACAACAACAACAGCAGCAGCAACAACAACAACAACAGCAGCAGCAGCUAGCGCAGCUACAGACGCAGCAGACGCAACAACAGCUGCAGUUGCAGCGACAGCAACAGCAGCAAGUGCAGCAGCAAUUGCUCGCCCAACAACAGCAGCAACUGCAAAUCCAACAACUGCAACAACAACUGCUGCUGCAACGGCUGGAGCGUGAGUUGCAGCAGCAACAGCACCAACAGCAGCUAACCCAACAGCAGCAGCAAAUCCUCUACCAUCAGCGACAGCACUACGAGCGUCUGAGCACACCUGGACGACAUCGCUGGCUCACCAGCAGCAAUCACUACGGUUACACGCCAUUGCAGCAACACCACCAACACAAACAGCAGCAGCAGCAACACCAACAGCAGCAGCAGCAACAGCUGCAGCAGCAGCAGCAGCAACAGUAUAGCUAUUACUUCAGUCGCGGCAGCAGCAGCUCCAGCGGGCUGGGUCUCGGCUUGGGCGUGGGCUUGGGUUUCGGUCUGGGCAGCAGCAAUCUAGCCAGCUGGUACCAUCUGCCGUCCUCGUCGGCGCACAUUUACAUUGGCAGCAGCAGCACUGGCGGCGCUCCGUAUCCCUAUCGCCUAGGCUACAGUGGUGGCGGUUAUCCUGCUGCAGCGCUGAUCAAUUUCGACGCGUCGCCCACGCCGCUGUUAGCAUCGACGGGCAGUUCACCUGGUUAUCUGCCGCCUCUGCCGGAACCGGUGCUGCCACCACCUCCGCCAGCGCCCAGCGUAGCCACCGAUUACUACUUUAGCAGCAGCAGCAGCAGCCGACCGCCCGCAACAGUCGCAGCCGAGCCGUUUCAGGAUUACGCAGCGGCGGCGGUAGCAGCAGCGGAAGAGGAGCUGCAAGCUGGCGGCUAUCGCUACAAGGCCACGCCACGCCGGCGCUACGACGCCUACGACAACUACGGCUACCUGCCGGGCCUUGCCAGCACAACCGAGGACGAGGACGAUCUGCUUGAGGAGUGCCUGCCAGCGGCUUUGCUAUCCACGGACUGCGAGAGUCUCGAGGACGUGCGCUUCCUGCAAUACAAUAGCAAUCACCAUCCGGAGUACGACGACGACGACGACGAAGAGGCACAGCUGGCGCACAUACUCGAUCUUGAUCUGCCCGAUUUUCUGCGCCCUUACAGCAGCAGCAACAGCGGCGGCGGCAGCGGAAGCAGACACAGCCACAAAACGCCGCCUCAACACGAAUAUCAAACGGAGCACGGCGGCUCAGCCGGAGCAGGAGCAACCGGAGCAGCGGGUGGAGGAGGAGGAGGAGGAGGAGCAGGGGGUGGAGGAGGAGGAGGCGGCGGCAGCAGGAACGAAGCCGGCGGCGCUGGCAAUCAAUCGCAUCGUGAAACGGAACAACAACAACGCUAUCACCACCACCAGCAGCAGCAGCAGCAGCAGCAGCAACAACAACACCAACAUCAUCAGCACCAGCAUCAUCAGCAUCAGCACCAGCACCAGCAUCAGCAGCAGCAUCAGCAGCAGCAGCAAUCGCAGCAGCAACAGGCCUAUCAGUCCUACCAAUACCCCUCGCACGACAGCUGCGAGGGCUUCAAUCAAUUCGCCAACGCCAGCAGCUGCCUGGGCAAUCAGAGAAUGAUGGUUAGCAAGCUGUGGAACAGCUGCUUUCCGGAAUUUACGCCGGAUCACGUACAUCGGCAUAACUUCUAUCUGUGCCAGUGGCAGCGCAAUACUCAGGUGCGUAUUGUGUACCUGUUUUAUCGUUGGAUAACGGCGAUAACCUGUUUGGCGGCAUUGGUCUGCUCGCUGCUGGACAUUGGACGCACGGAGGAGCACUUCGAGCACCAUUAUGCGAAGUGGUGGAUCUACCUGACCCACUGGGGACUGCUGUUUUGCACUGUGCAGGCAUGGCUGGCCGCUUGGAUAGUCACCCAGGGCAUGAUGGUGGAGCGUGAGGACUUUGAGGUUGUGCGCCAAGCGAAGAAGAGUCGCCUCCAUCACCUCUACUGGGUGCUCUACACCUGUGCGACAGUGUACGCCUUUAUUGUCACCAUGUGCUACUGGCUGCUCGUCCACAAUCCCGACAUCCACAAAAUCGACGCCUUGAACAUCAUGGUGCACGUUCUGAACUCCAUAAUAAUGCUCAUCGAUCUGGCCAUUGUGGGGCAUCCGAUUAAGAUGUGCCACGCCUACUUUACCACAGGCAUUGGACUGGCGUAUGCCAUUUUUACGGGCAUUUACUUCUUGGCCGGCGGCACAGACAGGAAAAACCAAACUGCCAUUUAUCCGAUGAUGGACUGGACGAAGCCGGGCAAGGCCAUCAUUGUGACGGCGUGUGCCAUCAUUUUCACGUUCUUCGUGCACUUCUGCUGUUAUUUGCUCUACCGCGGACGCGUCUGGCUCUUUACCAAGCUCUGCAUACGCGGACGCCACAAUCGCGAUGGCGAAAUGGGCGAGGGGCUAAACGAUGACUCCGGCUCACGCAUGGGUGGAGGCGGUGGUUUUGUUGGUGGUGCAGCUACUGUAGUUGGCGGCGGCGGCAGCAGCCAGGACUAUGCACAUCAGCAGCAGUAUCCCAUUGCGCAUACGGAGCAGCCGCGUGCCAUUUCACAGCAGCCGCCAUCCAGCUACCAGGUGCCUCCACAAUACUCCGGCUAUUUGCAGCAGCCUGUUGUGGCCGGCGUCAAUGUCGGCGUGGUCAGCGCAGAUGGAGUCUAUCAGCCAAUUGGCACAGACUCAGGACGUACGAGCGGAGGUGGAGCCAGCGGCGGUGGCGGAAGCGGUGGCAGUGCAGUCGAUGGCUCUGGCAAGCACAAGAGUUCUGGUUCUGGUUCUGGCUCCGGCUCUGGCUCGGCACUGACACGCACUGUGGCCCAUUUGGAUGCUGCACAGCGGGAGCAGUUCCUCAAUCCCAACAAGAUCGUCGAGUAUAAAAUGUAAAGGCGUUGUACCCGGCACCGGUAUACGUUCCGCUUGUCCAUGAAGUUUCUGGAGAAGCACUGUGCGCAAUGCGAGGCGGCGCGUCAGGCUGUCAACGAGGAGCAGCGCCACCUGGCGACGGCGGCCGAUUCGCACGCGCACAGUGGUUAGUUUAAGAUUUGCUUUUGCUGUUUAAUUUCCAUGCCAGCUGCCAGCCAGGCUCAAUAGGUCAAUAGGUAUGCUUAGUGUUGCAUUUGGGUUUGUGGUUGCCUGGUUUUAGGCAGUUGGUAUUGUAGCCAGUAUUUGGUAUUCGUAGCUGUAAAGUAGUUUCGUAAUUUUGUAAAAGCUUUGCCAGUUUUUGUAAGUGUGGCCGCAUUGCCAGCUACAGUAGUAAUUCGUUUUGUGCGCAAGCGCCGACAGCAUUGUCAGCCAAAGCAAAAUAAUAUACUUUAACUAUUGAUGUAUGUAGUUGUCGUAUCCUGAAUAGAGCAUAUAGACAGACUCAUCGAUUUUGAGCAAUUUCAAAUAUUUUCAAUGGACUAAGUUGAACAUUCUUAUGUUGCAACCAAAAUACCAAAACACACAAGCACCUUAACACAGCCCCUAAUUUAAUUGACAGCAAUUGUGUUCAGAAAUAAGUAGGCAACUAUAUAAACACAGAGCGUCCAUUAAUUAAUAAUUCAGUUGAGCUAAGCUAAGCUAUCAAACAAGAACACAUACUGCCUAAAAUGUGGCACACACACACAUACCCAUUAACACUCUGUUUCACCCACAAUUGUUUAUAUCUUGCUUCAUUUUUGCCAAACAUUACACACAUACAUAUAUCGGUGCAGGAGUACAACAGACGCGUGCCAAGUGUCCUGGCUGCAGCAAUUAAGGAGUGAGGUUUUUCGUUGGAAUUCGCUCGCAUAAGGGACACUGUGCAACUCACACACACAAAAGUAUUUUUUUUUAAAUAAUAUAUAUAAAUAAAUGUUAAGUUUAGGACAUGCUUGGCACUGCUUAUAGUUUACCAAAAAGAAAAUAAAUAAUAAUAUAAAAAAAGCAUAAGGCACAGAAAGAAUAAAAAAAAAACCAAAUAUAAAUUAGCUAACGAGUAACUGAGUAUUUUGAAGCAAUCGCAAAUGCUGCGUAAAACCAAAUAAAUAAAGUCAAACGAAUAAUAAGUGCACGAUAUUGAAAAUUAUAAUGGAUUAUCUAAAUCAAAUAUUUAAACAUUUAAAAAUAAAACAAAAUAGUUUGUAUGAUGUUAAACCAGUUGAAUGCAGUAUUAAACUGAGUAAUGAACAAUAACUUAUUGCUCAGAGCCCAGAUAAUAGUUGUACGAUAAUGUUAAUGUUGAAUCGAGGGCCCUAAAGAUUUGGGAUUCGCAUACCUUGUACCACAAUUCACAAUGACCUGAACACCUGGACAACAAGAACCUACACUUACAAAAAACAAAUACAAACCAUUUAUCAAUUGAAUAGAGUUAAUGCAGCUACUAAUGUAUAUGUAUUUUAAAUAUUUAUGUGUAUGUAAAUAUUUGUUUUUCAUAUAUGUUCUAUAUAUGCAUAUAUAGUGUAUGCAUACGUAUAUUAUAAAAAUGCAUACGCAGAUGUUAGAAAAAGAAAUCAAAACAAACAAAAAAUACGUUCUAUGUAAAAUGUUGUAAUACAAAACUUGAACAGAACAAAAACAAAGCCCGAAAACCAAAAUCAAAUGCAAUGAAUUAAACUCGUCAAGAGGAAUGUGUUAACAAAACAAAUAGAUACAAAAUGAUAUUUAACUAAAUACAUACACACUCAAACAUAUAUUAAUUCAAAAUCCAAAAAUUACAGAGUGUGCUCUAUAAACAAUAUCCGAGUACAGAACAUAUAGUACAUACACAUAUAGUAUAUGCACCAAUGCAUGUAUUCGAAAUAUGUGUAAAUUACAAUUAAUUUUCGAUAGAUUUACAUAAAAGUAACAUAAUAAAUAAAUGGCACAUACAUACAUAAACACACACACAGAAACAAACAGAAACAAAAUAUAUAUAUAUAUAUAUAGCAACAGUUGAAAUAAAUUUUCAAACAUUUAGUAUGUGUGUAUAUGUUAAGCGUUUUUCCGUUAAAUAUUUUCUGUUUUACAUACCUUUGCAGUGGAUUUUUGACAACAAAUUUAUAUUACGGUAAUGUAUAAUGAAGUGGUUUCUCAGAUCCCAAAGAGGUCUAUUUUGCUGAUUUCAUGUCCGUCCAUCCGAUUUGACCUCUCAGACUUGAAGCUAUAGAUAUAUAACGAUCCAAGCUCAAGUUUCCCAAAAAUAUAUCCAAAAAGUUUCACCGAUUUUGAUUUGAUUUAACUGCUGAAAUAAAAGCAUUCUAUGUUAUACUAAGUCUGCAUGGGUAUUUGAAUCUCGGUGCGCCGAAAAUGUAUUUGUUAUGUUUUAUUUGUAAUCAUGUUUUUAAUAAAUAUUCGUAUGUGAAUAUAUUUUGGCAUUUCGGAAGUUAAUUUGUCUUUUGUGACCAGUUUUUGUUCGGGUUUUAGCAGAACUGAAAAUAUGCUUCAUAUUUUUGCUUUGCAACCUUUAGGAUAAAUGUAUAAAUGUAUGUUUAUAUAGACUGAAUAUUAUUAAAUAAACAUCAAAAUGGAAGUAAAUAAAUCAACAAAUUAAAUCAAGUUAUUCAUAUAAAAAUAAAUCACUUUCCGAUUGUGUAAAAUAUAUUAAAAGAAAUGUUGUAUUAACCACAAAAUAAAACAAUAAGCACAUAUCAAUAAUUAACAAAUUAAAAGCGAAAUAAAAACAAAAUCAACACUGAUAUUCUACAAAGCGAAACUCAAAGUUGCAUACUCUAAAACUAACAAAAAAAAAACCCCCCUAAUUAAUGUUGACCUCAUCAAAAUACACCAAAUACACACAUAAUAAAUGUUUAAUAAAACAUAAAUGUUAAGCAAUCAUAAUAAUACUUAUGUAUACACAUUUAAGUACAUGCGAAUAAGUAUAAGGAAAGAGAAGAAAUUUAAAUAUUAUAUUUUGUAGAUUUUUAGUAACGUAGCUACACACACACACAUAUAUCUACUAUAAACCUACUAUAAUCACACACACACACACACACGAUCAUCAAUAUGUACUCGAUAUGAGAAUAUUUACUUGUAUUCAAAUGUUCAAGCAACAAACGAGAAAUGGCAAAGCUUUAAGAUACUAGAACCUUGGACGGAAACUUUUUACAACUGGAUAAAUGUAACAAAUGUUUCAGUUCUAAGCAAGAAAGUUGGCUCAUUACACUGACGUAUAUUUAAUAAUGUAGUGGCAGUUCCCAUUAAUUGCUCAGCAGCAGGCAUUAGCAGUUAGUGAAAAGCUAUAGAUAAAUCCGAGAUCAAAAAACUUAUAAACGAAUUGCACUUCAAGAAAAAAUAAAAAACUAAUAUACAACAUUAACAAUUUUAAAGCCCCCAAAAAUUAAAUGCAUGCGUUGAAAAUAAAAGCAAAUGCGUAUACAGAGAUAUACCUUUCAAUAUAAGUAAUUAUGAAAUUUAAACAUGAGAUAAAUUAAACAUAAAACCAAUUGUUUACCUUUAAAGUAUUUCUCCGCAUUUAAGCAAAACGAUAACAAACCAAAAAAAUGAUUUCAAUAAUUGUUCAAAAUAAUAGCACUAAAUGCGUGGAGCCGAAAUUACAAAAGCAUAUUUAAACCAAGGUUUUUAUUAACACCAACUAUGCAAGAACGACAAACUUUUCGUUGUGGAAAUUGUAGAUGGAUUUAACACACCCUCAGAUAAGCCUAGCAACUGGAGAACUACAUGUAUUAUUACCAAAAAUAAAAACAGAUAUAUAUAUAUAUAUAUAUAUAUAUAUAUAUGUAUAAAUCAAAAGCAAAAGUAAACCCAUAAAUACCCACAUAUACUUUAAUAAUAUGAAGUAUAACUACCUAUUAUUAUGUAUUUGAAAGCAAAGCAUUGUGAAUUAGUAUUAAAACAAGCAAACAACAAACAAAAGGUGGUAAAUAAAGAUUGUAAA